GGGUCCUCGGGGCGGAUCUCGGAGCUGCGGCCCCGGCGGGCGUCAGUGUGCGGCGCAGGAGGCCGCGGCAUGGGGCGGGUGCAGCUCUUCGAGAUCCGACUGAGCCACGGCCGCGUAGUCUACAGCCCAGGGGAGCCUCUGACCGGGACCGUGCGCGUGCGUCUGGGGGCGCAGCUACCCUUCCGAGCAAUCCGUGUGACCUGCCUGGGUUCCUGUGGGGUCUCCAACAAGGCUAAUGAUGCAGGAUGGGUGGUGGAAGAAAGCUACUUCAACAGCUCCCUGUCAUUGGCUGACAAGGGGAGCCUGCCCGCUGGAGAGCACAGCUUCCCCUUCCAGUUCCUGCUUCCUGCCACAGCACCCACGUCCUUUGAGGGUCCUUUUGGCAGGAUUGUGCACCAGGUGAGGGCUGCCAUCGACACGGCACGUUUCUCCAAGGAUCACAAGUGCAGCCUUGUAUUCUAUAUCUUGAGCCCUCUGAACCUGAACAGCAUCCCAGACAUUGAGCAACCUAACGUGGCCUCUGCCACCAAGAAGUUCUCCUACAAGUUGGUGAAGACAGGCAGUGUGGUCCUCACGGCCAGCACCGAUCUCCGAGGCUAUGUGGUGGGGCAGGUGCUACGGCUGCAGGCUGAGAUAGAGAACCAGUCGGGCAAGGACACCAGCCCUGUGGUGGCCAGUCUGCUGCAGAAAGUGUCUUAUAAGGCCAAGCGCUGGAUCUACGACGUGCGGACCAUUGCGGAGGUGGAGGGUGCUGGUGUCAAGGCCUGGAGGCGUGCGCAGUGGCAAGAGCAGAUCUUGGUGCCUGCCCUGCCACAGUCAGCCUUGCCGGGCUGCAGCCUUAUCCACAUUGACUAUUACCUGCAGGUCUCUAUGAAGGUGCCUGAAGCCACCGUGACCCUCCCCAUCUUUGUUGGCAAUAUUGCUGUGAACCAUGCUCCCCUGAGCCCUGGGCCAGGCUUGGAGCCACCUGCUGGACCCUCACCCCAAGUGGUGCCUUCCGCACCACCCCAGGAGGAAGCUGAGGUUGUGGCUGGCGGCCCCCACUUCUCGGACCUGGUCUCCCUCUCCACCAAGAGCCACUCACAGCAGCAGCCACCACCUGCUGUCUUGUGUUCUGUGCCUGUCGCCCCUGAGCCCUGUGCUCAUGAUGGCAGUCCUGCUCCCCACUCUCUGCACCCUCCCUUGUGCAUCUCUACAGGUGCCACUGUCCCCUACUUUGCAGAGGGCUUUGGGGGCCCAGUGCCCACCACCAGCGCCUUGAUCCUUCCCCCGGAGUACAGUUCUUGGGGCUACCCCUAUGAGGCCCCACCUUCUUAUGAGCAGAGCUGCAGUGGUGCAGACCUUGGCCUGACUCCCAGGAGCUGACCCUUGAGAGCUGACCUCAUGCUGCCUUUCCUGGUGGGCCUGGCCUCUGCCCUGGGAUGGGGUGCCCAGGGCCUCGUGCCUUAGCUCUCUGCCUGGCCUGGCCGCUCAGGACUCAUGCCUGUCCAGGCCACCUCUUGGCUGGAACAACCUCUCUCGGCUUCCCUAUUGUCAGCCCUCUUCUCCCUGAGGUCGAGAUGGGGGAGACAGGGACCAGAGACUGGAGAAACUCUGUAAAUAAAGUGUUAUAUUUGUAGAGCCUGCCUCUACAGGACAGAGGGUGGCCUGCUUCCAGCCACGGAUGCCCUGCAGCCUCCGGCCUGUGUUGGUUGGACCUGGUGCUCCCACCUUUUCUUUGGUUCUGCCCCAUCUUUGCCCCCUCCCAGAUGCAUCCUUCCCCUGCGAGGCCCCUGCCCACAGUGGAACCCCCUCCCUUGGGCCUUUGGAGGCUGUUAACACCAAUGCUCAGCUGGCUCGGCAGGUCAUGCCUGUCUGCUCUCACCCAGGACCAUGCUUUGAAGGCUAUGUUCUAGGCUUCCAGAGCUAGAUAGGUGGCGUACUGUGGGCAGUGUUUCCCAGAGAGGCACCCUGCUGCUCUGGUCCCCAGGGAGGGCCUGGAAGUACUGCCUUUGUUGCUCCAUGGGAAUGACUCAAUGGGGGUAGUCAGGGUAGAUUUGGGCCACAUGACUUCUCUGAUAGAGUGGAGAGAUACUAGGUGUGUCAGCCACCUUGGCUGAGUAACAAGUUCAUGACUCUUAAGGAACAGGUCACAUACUCACUAACCUGAUUGCACCAGAGGACAGGCCUGGUAAGUGGCUGUCAUCCCUAGGCUGUAGCUUCAGAUGGACAGAUGGACUAUGGGCUGUCACUUGCACAUGCUGUAGGCCAGCCCUUGCAGUUGGCAGUGUGGGCUCUGGCCAGGUAGCCUUGUACUUAGCUAACACUAACUCCCUGGGACAAGAGGAAGGAUGACAACUGGAAGAAGGCGGACAGGAGGCUACAGGUGGGUUAGUCUGUAAGCACAUGCUAGAAGUAGUGCAUCUACUUCCAACCCAGGAAAGAUGCCUGGGUUGGAGUCCCAUGUUGGCCUCUAGCCAGUGCCACCCCGCAGGUGCUUGGCUUCCUGGCUUCCAUCACUUGUGAGGGUGCCAACAGUGCCUGCCUCUCAAGUCUGUCUAGGCUUGAUGAGCACACAUCACCUGAUGAGAACUGCGGAUAUGUGGUCAGUGGCCAUCAAAGGAAGGCAGGUCUACAAAAUUGGAGUGGGAGGCCUGCCUAUAGCCUACUUGUCACAUGCAUUUGUGGUCACAUUUGCAUGGUAAGGGGUUUCCCCCACAUUUUAACUGCAUAUGUUCAUCUAACAACUAACUGUCUCUUGUAUUAUUCUGAGCACACAAAACAGUGCCAUCCUAGGAUAAGACAGAUAACAUGCCCAGUAAGAGUACAGGGUUGUCAUGUGACAUGCAGGAUACAGAGCCAGAUAAAGCAAAGGGCUGGGCGAUCUCAUUGUUAACUAGAGGUACACUGCAAAGUGAACCCUUCGUAUACUAGAGAUAAAAGUUUCCUGGAGGGGUCAGAGGAGGUCCUAAGGCAGGAGUGGAGAUGG